AUGUCCAAAGAAGUUGUAAUAAUAGAAUAAAAUGCUAAUUAAAUAAAGUCGUCUUUCCAAAGAUGGUUGGUCCUGUUAUCAUAUUCAAUCAUAGCGUAUAAAGAAAUUGAUUAAAUUAAUAGGAUGGCUAAUGUAAUGUAGUUAGUGAGUUACAGCCCAAUUUGGGAACAAGCAGCUAUAUAUUAUGGUAUCCCGUCAGAAGACUUAUAAUGGAUAGGAAAUAUGUAUUAUAUCACAUUUUUCGUUCUGGCACCAUUUUGUAUAAAGCCUCUUUUAGUAAGAUUAGAUAUAAGUAUGCAUUUGAUUGGGAUCCUUAGUGCAAUAGGGUAUAUUUUUUUCAUCAUCUAAUUUUAAAGGGCAUGGAUUAUAUGGAUUGGAGGAUAAUCAUAUUAGAUGACUAUGAUAGGCUUAUUCAUAAUUGGAAUUAGUGAUGCUAUGAUUUUAAUAGUUCCAGUUUGUAAUUCAGUUCGUAAUUUAUUAAAGUUCUCUCUGAAAAAUGGUUCACUAUAUAUGAGAGAUUGUUAGCAACUAGUCUAGGUAGUUUUUUCCAAUAUAUUGGAAUGGCAUUUGCUUAUGGAUUUUCUUCAUUUUAUUUUGAUAUUAUGGAUGAAUAAAGUAAUAUAAAUAGAAAAAUUGAUGAAAUGAAUUUGAUGAUAGCUAUUUUCAAUUCGAUUGGAGCAAUUCUUCUUAUUUUGUUUUUUAGAAAUAGACCCCCUCAUCCAGCCUCGAACUCGGAUGUAUCAAAUAUAUUGGUGUAUAAAGAAUAUAGUGAAAGACACAAUAAUGAAGUCUACUAUCAAGAUGAUUACGAUGGAACAAUCAAUAAUCGACUUAAUGUCUUUAGGGAUUUGUAAAUAUAUAAAAUUAUUAAUAGUUAUUGGAUUUGGCUGGGUUUAUACAACUAUUAUAUCUUUUGAAUUGUAUCAUUUUGGUUACACUUAAGUAAUUAUAAAAUAAUAAUAAAUAAGACAGAAGUUGCAAUAAACGGAACUGUCUAUCAAAUAUCAGGAGUAAUUGUUGGCCUGUGGGCUUCGAAAAAAUUAGAUUCAUAGGCCAAAUAGGGAAUUUAACCUGAUUAUGACAGAUACAUAAAAAUCUUUACAAGCAUUGGAAUGAUCGCUUUGAUUUUAGAAGCAUUUAUCUUAGAAUAUUUAUAAUUUUGGAUGCUGAAUUUCAUAAACUUUGCCAUGGGUGUGGGUCUAAAUUCUUUUUAUCCCAUAGCAAUAUAGUCUUAUAUUGAAAAACUUUACCCUGCUUAAGAAUUAGUUUUGGUUACUGGAUUAUUAUGUUUAGCAAAUGUAUUUAUUUAAAUAAAAAGUAAAGAUGGUUGGAUUUGUUCUGAAUUACUUGAUUGUUUUGCCUGAAUUCUCAUAAUUUGGAUUGUGGAUAGGAUGUUUAACUAUAACUCCAGGUUAUUUAUAUAUCUUGUUAAAUUAUAAAACAAAAUAUCGAAGAUUUGAAUAGGAAAUUUGA